AUGAUCUGUGGAGUGGAGAUCACUUUUCUGAUUGCUGCUAUUUUCUCCAUGAAUUUCAAGCUCUGUUUUUGCUUAUGUGCCUGGGAUCAAUAUGAGAUAGAUGGAGAAUGCUGUCCCAUGUGUACACCUGGAAAUCGUGUUUAUAGGCACUGCACUGUGGAUACAAGCACUACAUGUGUUCCAUGCAUUUAUUCAACUUUCAUUGAUGCACCAAACGGCCUCAGACAAUGCUUUAGCUGUACAGUGUGUGCCACAGCCAAGAGUUUAAGAGUAAAGACUGCCUGCACUCGAUCAUCAGAUACAGUCUGUGAGCCACUAGAUGGACAUUACUGUACUGAUGAACACAGUGGCAGCUGUAGACGAGCUGUGAAACAUACAAACUGCAGCCCUGGACAAUAUAUAAAGCAAAGAGGAACAGCAUCUAAAGAUACUGAAUGUGCUGAAUGUCCAGAUGGUACCUUCUCAAACGGCUCUCUUCAGAGUUGUCAACCACAUUCAAAAUGUGAAGAUCUGGGACUUACAGAAAUAAAGGCAGGAACACUUUCUUCUGAUGCUGAAUGUGGAACGAAAACUCCAGCUGAUCUGAUAUCUAUAAUCAUAUUUUUUGUUAUCAUGAUUGUGGCUGUGACAGCAGAAUCUUCUCCAUCUGAGAUUGAUUAG